AUGUUCGCCAAACCCCGGCCAAAGAAGUCAGUCCUUCCAACCGUGUCGAAAAAGAGAAAGGCGGUCUCGGCAGUGGAGGAGGUCAACUUUGACUUCGACGCGCGCCAGGACUACUUGACGGGGUUCCACAAGCGCAAACUACAGCGGGUGAAAUGGGCGCAGGAACAAGCGGCCAAGAAGGCGCGGGAAGAGAAGAUUGAAAUGAGGAAACAGCUCAGAGUUGAGAGACAACGAGAAGUCGAAGACCACGUCAAAGCUGUUAGCGCUAUUCUCGAAGAGGCCCAGGCAGCAAACUCGGACGAGGAUGAGGAGAUCAACGCGGAAGACUUUGAGGAGUGGGACGGCAUUGAGGAGGCGCCCAAGGAGCAAGCAGACGUCGUGGACUACGAAGACGAGUACCUAGACGAGGACCGGUAUACAACGGUCAAGGUCGAGGCCAUAUCUGUGACGCGGGACGGGCUCGAAAAGCUCCACCACGACAGCGACGAGGCGGAAGCGGACAGCCAAGACGAAUCUAAGGCAGAGAAGCGGGUAGACGACGACAAGGCGACAACAACCAAGGCCCGCAAGGAGUGGCCCAAAAAGAAGAAAUUUCGCUACGAGACGAAGCUAGAACGGUCGCUGGGCGCGAAGAAGGCAAAAGCCAAGAAGAAGGCAAAAUUCAAGAAAGAGUAG